GCAAGAAGAGAGAGCAGGGAGGCUGGGCACACAGCCCUGUCCCCCCACAUGGGGAACCUGAGGCUUGGAAAGGUGAAAUAACCCAUCAAGGUCACCAAGCUGGUAAGCACCAAGCUGGCACCAUGGUGGGCCUGAGAGGCUGCAGCCUGACAGGAGUUGCUCUGAUCUUCCUGCUACUCCCUGAAAGCCUGGAGAGCUGUGGGCACAUCAGGAUCUCAGCCCCUGUUGUUCAUCUGGGGGACCCCAUCACAGCCUCCUGCUCCAUUAGCCCAAACUGCAGCCACUUGAACCAAGAGCCACAGAUCCUAUGGCAACUGGAAGAUGGGCCAAAGCAGCUUGGAGACAGGCAGCAACGCCUGCCUCAGGGGAUCCAAGAAUCCACCAUCACCCUGCCCCACCUCAACCACACCCAGGCCUUUCUCUUCUGCUUUGUACAACUGGGCAACAGCUUCCAAGUUCUGGACCAAGCUGAGCUUCAGGCAGGCUACCCUCCUGCCAAACCCUCCAACCUGUCCUGCCUCAUGAACCUUACCACCAGCAGCCUCAUCUGUCAGUGGGAGCCAGGCCCUGAGACAUACUUACCCACCAACUUCACCCUGAAGAGCUUCAGGAGUCGCGCCGACUGUCAGCGCUGGGAGGACCCUGUCUUGGACUGCGUGCCUGAGGAUGGGCAGAGCUACUGCUCCAUCCCCCGAAAACACCUGCUUCUGUACCAGAAUAUGGUCAUCUGGGUGCAGGCAGAAAACGUGCUGGGGACCAGCGAGUCCUUGAGGCUGUGCCUUGACCCCAUGGAUGUUGUGAAACUGGAGCCCCCCACACUGUGGGCCCUAGACUUCAGCCCUGAUGUGGUCCCACCCCAGCCGGGCUGCCUGUGGCUGCGAUGGGAGCCAUGGAAGCCCAGUCAAUUCAUGGACCAGGAGUGUGAGCUUCGCUACCAGGCACAAUUUAGUGGAACCAGCUGGACACAGGUGCCCCACCUGCCCUCCAGAGGGCAUAGAUUUGAGCUCUGUGGACUCCAUCAGGCCCUGGUCUACACCCUGCAGAUGCGGUGCAUCCGUUCACUCCUGCCUGGACACUGGAGCAGCUGGAGCCCCAGCCUGCAGCUGAAGCCCAGCAUUCAGGCCCCCAUCGUCAGACUGGACACGUGGUGGCGGCAGAGACAACUGGAUCCCAACACAGUAGGCGUGCAGCUGUUCUGGAAGCCGACACCCCUGCAAGAAGACAGUGGGAAGAUCCAGGGGUACCUGCUCUCCUGGAGUCCCUCGGGACAGCAAGGGCUGGGCCUGCCCCUGUGCAACACCACAGAGCUCAGCUGUACCUUCCUCCUGCCUUCAGGAGCCCAGAGGCUGACCCUCAUAGCCUACAACACAAGGGGUACCUCUUGGCCUACUCCAGUGGUCUUCUUGGAGAACAAAGGCCCAGCUGUGGCCAGACUCCACGCCAUGGCUCAAGAUCCUCACAGCCUCUGGGUGGACUGGGAAGCCCCCAGCCCUCAGCCGCAGGGCUAUCUGAUUGAAUGGGGCCUGGAGUGCCCCAGCCACAACUGCAGCAAUAAGUCCUGGAGGAUGGAGCCUAAUGGGAACAGCACUGGGACUCUGUUACAGGAGAACAUAAGCCCUUUUCAGCUGUACAAGAUCACGGUGGCUCCCCUGUACCCAGGCACUAUAGGACCUUACCAACAUGUCUACGCCUACUCUGGAGAGAAAGCCUUUCCUCAUGCCCCGGAGCUGCAUCUAAAGCAGAUUGGCAGAACCUGGGCACAGCUGGAGUGGGUGCCCAAGCCCCCUGAGCUGGGGAGGACACCCCUUACCCACUAUACCAUCUUCUGGACCAACGCUCAAAACCAGUCCUUCUCCACCAUCAUGAAUACCUCCUCCCACGGCUUUGUCCUACACAACCUGGAGCCUGCCAGUUUGUAUCAUGUCAUCCUUAUGGCCACCAGCCGGGCAGGAGCCACCAACAGUACGGGCCUCACCCUGAUGACCUUGACCCUAGGGGCAUCUGAGCUAUACAUCCUCCUGGGCCUAUUUGGCUUUCUGGUUUUGUUCAUCAGCCUCUGUGCAACUGUCUGGUUCUGCUGCAAGCCUAGCAGGAAGAAUUCCUUAUGGCCAAGUGUGCCUGACCCAGCUCACAGCAGCCUGGGCUCCUGGGUUCCCACCGUCAUGGCAGAGGAAACCUUCCAGGUGCCCAGCCUCUGGGACCCCAGCAUACCAUCCAUCACCAAGAUCACUGUGCUGGAGGAAGAGAAGAAGUCAACAUCCUGGGAUUCUAGUGACAGCUCAGAGGCCUGCAGCUUCCCCACCCUAGUCCAGGCCUACGUACUCCAAGGGGCCCCAAAAGCAUCUUCCAUCCAGUUCCAGCCCCCAUCUGGCACCAGUGACCAAGUCCUUUAUGGGCAGGUACUGGGCAGCCCCACCAGCCCAGGACCUGGUCAAUACCUUCGCUGUGACUCCACUCAGCCCCUCCUGGGUGGCCUCACACCCAGUCCUAAGUCAUAUGAAAACCUUUGGUUCCAGCCUAGCCCCCUGGAGACCCUUGUGUCCCUACCCCCAAGCCAGGAGGAUGACUGUGUCUUUGGAUCACCCUUUGACUUUGCCCUCUUUCAGGGGCUCCGGGUCCAUGGAAUAGAAGAACAGGAGGGUUUCUAGGACUUCCUGGGUCCUUGCAUCUUGAAGGCCCUGUCCUAUUCAGAUGAAAAGAACUCACCACUAAAAUCUAACAGAAAAGCAGAAAAGCUCAGUCUUUCUCCAUCCUUGGCCCCCAGCACUUCUCCAUCACCCCUACCUCCAUAGGCUGGCCCUCCUUCAUACUCAGAGCCAAACACUGCUUCUUCCAGCCCACCACUAGCCUUUUAUGUUCCCUACAGUCUCUUAAACUGAUUUUAUAUUUUGAGUUUCAGAUGGUGUUUUUAGAAAUCCUUGCCAAAUGUGAUUAGUGUAUACCUAUCAUCCCAACACUUGGGAAGAAGAGGCAAGAUUGCAAGUUCCAGGCCAGCCUGGGCUACCUAGGAGAUCUUGUC